AUGUUCAGGCUUGGGUACGUUACAUGGCAGGACCUGUGUAAAACAGUCAACCCUCUGGACAAGAUCAUGGUGAUUCGACCAGAUCACCAGAGAACUCCACCAGAGAUGCAGGUGCAGGUGUCUGAAUCCAGUGAGGGUUGCCAGAUUUCUGUCAAGAGCUCCAAAGUCCCGUUGGACAUGUUUCUGUUCCUGGAGGACAGUUCUGGGGUCUGUAGUCCCGUCACUGAUUAUAGUCCAGCGAAAUCGUCCUGCCAGAGCCCCCCGCAGUCUGAGCUCGUCUCACAGGAAGUGACAUCAUCAUCGCUGGCUACUCUGUGUAGCUCCUCCCCUCUGCCUCUGAGUACAGACUUUGAGUCGUUUCUGGACUUGUUUUCUGGCAUUCGCGAGAUGCCAGAUUUCGACUUGUCUCCUCUGGGCUCGUCUGACUUCCUGCUGGAGUGCGGUGGCGCAGCGGACUCUAACGGCCUCCUGCUGGACGGCUUCCCCUGCCUGUCUCCGCCACACAGCCAGGAAUAUCACUUCGACCUGGAGUUUUGACACUGCCAUUUAAUGUAUUAAUAGAAAUAUGUCACCUUUAAUCUCUCUGGUUUCAUGUUUAUUGGAAUUUAUUGUAAAUCUAAUGUCGUCUUGUUCUUUACAAACGUUCAUCAUGUCACCAAUUCUUUCGUGUUCAUAAAGUUCUGCAUCUUUUGUGUGUAUUGUGUGUGUAGGCUUGUGUGAUAUUUAUCACAGUUACAGGAGACGUUUUGUAUUUAUUUGCAUUCAUAUCUGAUCCUGGUACAAUAAAUGCCCAGUUACCUUAUAGUGUAUAUAUAGUCCCCUAAGAAUUCAUUUCUCUUAUUUUUUUAGUUUUUUUUCCUGUGCAUGUGUAAACAUUCAUACACUUUCCAAUCUCAAAUAUUAAUCUUGAUAUUUAAAUAUUUGAUAUUUGUUUAUUCCUACUAGGAUUCUCAGUAUUUUCUUACUGGAGUUGUUCUUCUCUAGUGAUUUGUGAUUGUUUUAUAGCAUUUGGCUGUUUUAGA